GACAGAGUCCAGAGUCCGCGUGAACGAGCUCCAGACACCGGAAGCUGCUCGGCUCGCGCAGGAGUCGGUCACCGAACAGAGAUCCGGAGAUGAUGCGCUGUCUGCUCAUCUACUGCUGCUUGUGUUCGCCUCACUUCAGCGCAGCACAGAACGCGUACAGACGCGUCGCGAUCCCAGAGCAGGCUUACUUCGCCGAGCCCUUCGACGCAGGAGCGCUGGACAGAAACUGGGUUGUGUCCAAAGCAGUGAAAGAUGAGCAGCUUCUCAAAUAUGACGGAGAGUGGGCUAUAGAGGAGUCCAGAGAGCGCAGGUUAUUAGGAAACAGAGGUCUGGUGCUCAAGUCUCCCGGUAAACACCACGCCAUCUCUGCGUACCUGAGGAAGACCUUUCACUUCAGCGACAGACCGCUGUUCCUACAGUACGAGGUCUUCUUCCCCGAGACGGUCGACUGCGGUGGAGCCUACAUCAAGCUGCUGUCUCACACAGAUGAUCUCCGCUUGAGCGGGUUCAGCGAUGCCACGCCGUACUCCAUCAUGUUCGGCCCAGAUAAGUGCGGCAGCUCACACAAGAUUCACUUCAUCGUUCGUCACCGUGACCCGGUCUCAGGGACGUACCUGGAGAAACACGCUCCACAGCCGGAGCUGGACCUCAGCGAGUACUUCACUGACCAGCGUCCACACCUCUACAGUCUGAACGUGUAUCCUGACCACAGGUUUGAGAUCCUGGUUGACCUCACACUGAUUCACAAGGGCAGUCUUCUGGAGGACAUGCUCUCCUCACGAGCUGAGGAUCAGGAGGACUCAUCGAGCGCUGGGUCCGAGCCGUUCACGCUGAGCUCCGUGUCUGCGCUGGGCUUUGAGCUGUGGUCCCUCACCGCAGACGUGAUGUUCGACAACAUCUUCCUCUCCGACCGUGUGGAAGAAGCCCAGCGCUGGACACAAGACACGUGGGGUCAGAGGAAGAGCCCCGGAGUGAUUGAGAAGCUGCUGAUGGCCACGCUGAAGAGACCCUGGCUCUGGGGGGUGUACGUCGUCACCGUGGGCCUUCCCAUCAUCCUCUUCAUCAGCUUCAUGUGGCCUGACAAGCGGUUCGGUCCUCCAGAUCAGGACUAUUACUAUAAGAAGACGGACGAGCCUCAGGCGGAGCGGCGUCAGGACACUGAGGAGCUGCUCUCUCGUGCUGAAGGUCCAGCAGCAGCAGCGGCGGCCGAGAGCAGAGCGGUCAGGAGAGCGAGGAGCACACACAGCUCAGGUUCAGCACCAUGAAGACGUCAUGAUCUCACUCUCAUUACUGCAGCGUCCACUACAACCUCAACAACGGGGGAUGAAAAUAAUGUCAUAUUAACAAAUCAAUCAAUCAAAUCAGUAUUAGUAAUCAUUAUUAUAAAUGAGUAUGUGAUUAAAUGGAAUGACACAAUGUUUAAAUGAUUAUAAAUGAAUGCAUGGAUGAAGAAUAAAUGAACAUGCAAGAAAAGGUGAAGCUCAGCACUCCUCAGAUGCGGUGUUCAUAUACUGUGGUGGUGUUUGUCUUAAAUGUGUUCAGUUGCAUUAAAAGCCUUGAAGCCCCUUCGAUUGGUUUGUGAUGUUCAACACAGCGACUGACCGACUUUAUUAACAAUAGGAGAAAGAGUGAAGGCUCAAAAGCUGUGGGGUUUUAUUUCACCAGCUCUAUUAAAACCUUAAGUAUUUAAUCAUAAUAUUCAGUUUCAUGUAGUCAAAAACAUCCAAACAACAACUAAAAAAAGAGACGAUAAUACAGAGUACAGCUGUGACACACACACACACACACACACACACAACUGUUGGAUCAUCCUUGUGUUUUUUCAUAUUUGAUCCUUACAGGUGUUCCUGAUCUCAGUAACAAGAUGUGUUCCCUUUGUAACAAAAGAUGCAGAUUUUAUUGUUAAUCAUAAUGCAAAACCAAACAUAUCUAAAGCUUGACAAAAAGUAGUGUUUUAUAAUAUCUGUACAUGUAUAUCUAAAUGCAGAACCUAAUAAAAUGAAGAAGUUAUGUCUAAAA